GUUCUGUGGAAACAAACCAUCUGGCGUGUCAGGUUAGAAACUGGUACCAGUCAAUGUAUAUGAAGCAACUGCCAAGUCAACCAUCCAACAGACGCCAGUUAUUUCCUAGUUCUGUGUUGCCCUUGUCUCUUCCACCACGCCUCUAGCCCCAUCUCUGAUACCAGCACCAGGGCAAGCUAAAUUGUCUCCAAACCUAAGUAAUAGAUGUUGUUGUUUUCUUCAAUUUUGUUAAUGUAAAAUUUGUCUUGAAUUUCAUUCUGAAUGGCAUUAAUAAAAAGUCCUAAAGAGUCUUAAAUCUAACUUGCCUUUAUCUUUAGGAACCCAUUGCAUCUAUCCUCCUUCUUCCCCUGUAUAAGCACAAGCAAACUGUUUCAGUACAUAGGAUGAGUGCAUGAGCGAACGUGUGCACGUGUUUCUGGCGAGCUGUCGGCAAAAGCAGCAGAGCCAAGCAAAGCAGGCAGCGAACGAAGCCUUGAAUCCCGUCCACCCUUUUGAACCCACUCUCAUACAUUAAUCACAAGAAUGUUCAUCUUAAUUUCUCUCCCCUUAUGAAACCUUCUCCCUCUGAGGCGGACAGGCGCGUGGCUAUCGCUGCCUCUCCACGGGCCAAAGACUCGUCGCUGAUAUAAGACGUGAAACUUCAAACGGUUGCUCCAGUAGCUCCAGUGUCUGUUUUACAUCUGAAUCAAGUCGUAUCUACUGUAUUGGAUGUAUUUUUCGCCACCUUGUUGUGCAGCUCAAACAAGAAGCACAUUGUUUGCUGAAAGGUUGCAUGUGCGUUCUUUACCACUCCAAUGCAUUGUUGAGGAAGGUUGGCUGUAUACUUUCAUGACCUUCUUGAUCUCUGCUGGAGAUCAGAGGAUUACGUGUCUUUAAGAGAUUUACUGGUCAUGCCAGGUAAAGUAUGUGUGUCGGUGCUUAUGUAUGCAUCUGCUAGAAAUCUGGGACUGAUCGUGUGCCUAGGGAUAAUAAUUGGAUGAUUUACAUUUUUUUGCGUUUUUGAUUUUUUCCAUGCCUGCUCGAGCCAAGACUUGGCUAUGGAACUUCUGACAUCAGAACAAUGUAUCUGUUACAAUGAGUGGCAAUAAAUCUCUCAGAGCCACUCCCCCUUUCCUCACUGUCCAUCCUUCUUCUCUCUUCCUCUGUUCGUCCUCUGCCUCUUUCACUCCUAAUACAAGCCCUCAUUUGUUUGAAAUAUUUUAUGAGGCCUAUCAGGAAUCUUAGUGAGUGGGAAGGUCAUUUACAAUACAGCCCACGGUGUUCUCACUAGAUGUGACAUCCCUCAAUGUUUACAUGCCAUUCAAUAAGUCUGCUUCUCACCCAGCGGUAAUGACUCGCUGCUUUCUAAUUAGUUGCAUUAAUGAGGGUUGUCAGUUGGAGACUGGAUGAUUGGAACAUUGUGAAGUUUCACUUAUAAAUACGCUAUUCUUGUUUGGUAGCACUUGAUAGGGUCACUCCACCAAUUUUACACAUAAAGGUCUGUGUCCUCAUCAUAGACAAAACAAUUCAUCCGAGAAUGAGCAAACAAUAUUUGAUCAUCUGAUUUAUAAAAAAAAAAAAAAAAAAAAAAAAAAAAAAAAGUUGAUAUAAAUAAUUUGUUGUAGCCUUAAGCUAAGUAAUAAUUUAGCUUGAGUUGCUUUCUGAAAUGAACGUUGAGUUGGAGAAGCAUAAGUGGAGAGAUGAGGGAUGGUUCCCAGCGAGACGUGAACUGCGAACGCUGUGGUUCAUGGGCACCAGGGCACUGCAGCAAAUCUUUUUAUAAAUAGUUCUUAUAAAUAUUACAACAGAAUGUAAAGAUGCUUUAAAGGUGGAGCCACUUCCUGUGUGUUGUUUGAGAGAGAGAGAGAAAAUUGCAUGAAAUCUUUCUGUAAGUUAUUAAUAGUAAAGAUCUGAAUGUCAACGUUAUGAAUGAAGCGUCAAACUAUUCCGCACAGACCUCCAAGCCACGCAACGCCAGGGGAAUGGCCAUGGAUGUAUAAAGGGAAAGGUAGUGGGAGCAUCUGUAGCAAUGGAAGAAUGUACUAGUUGUAUAUUAUGUCACCGUUCCCUCCUUAUUCUUCAAUUUGAUCGGAAUGUCUACUCCUUUUCCUCCCCACCCCUCCAGGUUCGUCACACGCUUCAUCGAGCUCGACGGCCUCACCUGCCUCCUCAACUUCCUGAGCAGCAUGGACUACGAGACGUCGGAGAGCCGCGUCCACACCUCCGUCAUUGGCUGCAUCAAGGCCCUGAUGAACAACUCCCAGGGCCGCGCGCAUGUCCUGGCACACCCACAGAGCAUCAACACCAUCUCACAGAGCCUGCGGACGGAGAACAUCAAGACCAAGGUGGCGGUGCUGGAGAUUCUCGGGGCGGUUUGCCUGGUGCCCGACGGACACAAAAAGGUGCUGCAGGCCAUGGCGCACUACCAGAAAUACGCUGCAGAGAGGACUCGCUUUCAGACGCUGCUGAAUGAGCUGGACAAGAGUACAGGCCGCUACAGAGACGAGGUCAACUUAAAGACCGCCAUCAUGUCCUUCAUCAAUGCUGUGCUCAACGCUGGUGCUGGGGAGGACAACCUUGAGUUCCGCCUCCACCUAAGGUACGAGUUCCUGAUGUUGGGCAUCCAGCCGGUCAUCGACAAGCUCAGAGAGCACGAGAAUGCCACUCUGGAUAGGCAUUUGGACUUCUUUGAGAUGGUGCGGAAUGAGGAUGACUCUGAAUUAUCCAAAAGAUUUGAUAAUACCCACGUUGAUACUAAGAGUGCCGGUGCCAUGUUUGAGCUGAUCAAGAAGAAGCUGAGCCACUCAGACGCCUACCCCAACCUCCUCUCCAUCCUCCAGCACUGCCUGCAGAUGCCCUAUAAACGUGGUGGUGGCAGCCUGCAGCACUGGCAGCUCUUGGACAGGAUCCUCCAGCAGAUAGUCCUGCAGGACGAGAAGGGAGAAGACCCCGACAUCGCCCCUCUAGACAACUUCAGUGUUAAGAACAUCAUUCGCAUCCAUGGCUUCCACCGAUGCUCAAGGUUGGUCAAUGAGAAUGAGGUGAAACAGUGGCGAGACCAGGCAGAGAAAUUCAGAAAAGAUCAUGUAGAGCUGCUAGGUAAACUAGAGAAGAAGGAGCGAGAGUGUGAAACAAAGACCCAGGAAAAGGAUGACAUGAUGAAGACUUUGAACAAGAUGAAGGACAAACUCCAGCGCGAGGGAGUGGAGCUGCGCUCGGCCAGGGAGCAAGUCCAUGACCUGUCCUCACGCAUUAAUGACAUAUCUGGCGUCAGUGUGUCUUUCCCGGCUCCUCCUCCUCCUCCUGGUGGUCCCAUGGCUCCACCUCCACCACCUAUGAUGAGUGGCUUUCCGCCACCUCCUCCUCCGCUACCGUUCAGCUGCCCGCCUCCUCCACCACCUCCUCCCCCGCCUGGAGCGCCGCCUCCUCCACCAGGAGCCCCUCCCAUAUUUGGAGCCCCGCCUCCUCCUAUGUCCUCUUUAUUCAACUCCAACAUGCGCUCCAAGUCCAUCCCUCAGCCUUCUCAUCCCCUGAAGUCCUUCAACUGGGCCAAACUAGGAGAGAAUGUGAUCAACGGAACCAUCUGGAAUGACAUCGACGACCUAAGAGCUUUCAAGAUUCUUGAUCUCAAGGACAUAGAAAAGAUGUUUUCGGCCUAUCAAAGACAACAGGAGCUGCUCACUAACCAAUCCUUCAAACAGAAAGAGACGGGCUCAAUGGAUGACAUAUACGUCAGCACACGGAAGGUCAAAGAGCUGUCGGUCAUCGACGGUCGACGUGCACAGAAUUGUGUAAUCCUUCUUUCAAAGUUGAAAAUGAGCAAUGAAGAGAUCAAGAGGGCGAUCCUCGAGAUGGACGAGAGGGAAGAGCUGUCCAAAGAUAUGCUGGAGCAGCUGCUGAAGUUUGUCCCAGAGAAGAGUGACAUCGAUCUGUUGGAGGAGCACAAACAUGAGCUGGAGCGCAUGGCUCGGGCUGAUCGCUUCCUCUUUGAAAUGAGCAGAAUUGACCACUACCAGCAGAGACUGCAGGCUCUGUUCUUUAAGAAGAAGUUUGCAGAGCGUCUCGCUGAAACCAAGCCUAAAGUUGAAGCUAUCCUGAGUGCGUCCAAGGAGGUGGUCCGGAGCAAGAGGCUGACUCAGAUCCUGGAGGUGGUGCUGGCCUUCGGCAACUUCAUGAACAAAGGCCAGAGAGGCAACGCCUACGGCUUCAAGGUCUCCAGCCUCAACAAGAUCGCUGACACCAAGUCCAGCAUAGACAGGAGCAUCACCAUGUUGCACUACCUGAUCAUGAUCGUUGAGAAGAACUACAAUGACACGCUGCACAUCCAGAACGACCUCAGCAGUGUACCAGAGGCUGCCAAAGUCAAUUUGGCGGAGUUGGAAAAAGAGGUGCACAAUAUCAAAAGUGGACUGAAGGCUCUAGAGGCGGAGCUGCAAUACCAGCAGAACAGGACGAGGGAACGUGGGGACAAGUUUGUGGCUGUGAUCGGUGACUUCAUCACCGUGGCUGGCUUCAGCUUCUCUGAACUGGAGGACCAGCUGAGUGAAGCCAAGGACAAGUUUACCAAAUCUCUGAAGCACUUUGGGGAGGAAGAAGGGAGGAUGCAGCCCGAUGAGUUCUUUGGGAUCUUCGACACAUUCUUACAGUCGUUCAGCGAAGCACGGCAGGACCUGGAGAACAUGCAGCGACGUAAAGACGAGGAGGAGAGGAGGGCACGAAUGGAGGCCAUGCUCAAGGAGCAGAGGGAGCGGGAGCGGCGGUCCAAGAAGAGCGGCGCCUCAGACGAGGUCGGCGGGGAGUUUGACGACCUGGUGUCGGCACUGCGCUCUGGGGAGGUCUUCGACAAGGACCUGAACAAAUUCAAGCGCAACCGCAAGCGCUCCGUCAACCAGCUGGUGGAGGGCGGGGGCCGCGAACGAGCUGUCACUAAGGUCAACUACUAGGUCAGGAAAAGGAAGGAAAAAAAAACAUGAGGCACCUAAGUUCUGCCGCGGUGUAGAUCUCUUAACACCUUUAGUCCAGAUCCUCGAAUAGUGACCAUUGACAUUGGAGAGGAUGUAAGUAACGGCUGGACUGGACAUGUAGCGACAUGUAUAGACAGCUACGCCGUUUUGAAGGAUGCAUCCCCCUCCUCUGAUUGGUCUUCUAAAGCUAUUCCCAACCCGUUUGUCCUGGGCGUUGUAUGAUCUCUUGAUCUAAUGGAGACGGAGAGAGCACUGUGACACAUUAUCCCGUAUCUUUUGACCAUAUCCUCUUAACACUGUGCUCAAGCUUCCAGCUCUCUAUCACUCCAUGUUUUUCACUGCUCUUUUACCCCUUCACUCUUCCUCUGUGAGCUCCUUGGUGCUGGAGCAGCCCUAUCUUUUUGCUAUCUGGCUCUAAAACACACAGGACUUUGGGAUCAGCCAGUCACACUGUACAUAGACUUGAGGCCAAGUGAAAGGAUCGGGAAGAGGACCUAGAAGAAGAAGUGAACAAGAAGGUGGGAAGGGGGAACUAAGCCAUACCCUCCACAGUCAUGGUUGCUUCAAAUGUCCCCCAGAACAAGAGACGGAAUGGAUGGGUAUUCAUAAACUUCCUUUACUGGAAAGAGGAGCGUGCAUUCAGCAAAUCCCAGAAUGCUUUGUAGGCUUCUGAAAGAGUGAGGAAGGAUACAUGACGGGGGGGGGUUAUCGCUUCAUCCCAACGGCCUCCUCCAGCACACAGCAUUCCCAGGAGGGACGUACGUACAUCCAGAGCUGCAAUUUUAAGAGGACACAACUCUUCUCAAGGAAAAACAACAAUUGAUGACUGCCACAAGGCUCAAGCCUCACCUCCACUCUUCAAUGGUUUCGACAUUGUUCUGGCAUUAACCCGUGCCAAAGCAAAGAGAAAACAAAUGUAAAUGUAUUAAUACAAACCAUACUGCAAUUAAGCAUUGAUAUAUAUUUAUAUUUAGAUGCAGACGAGCUGAUUGCAAAGAUGUAGUUUACUUUUCUUUUUUUAUGUUUUCAUGACAUUUUGGGGUUUUGUACACACAAUGCAUUAUUUGUUGGUUUUGCAAGUUCACAUUGCUGUUGAAGUGAAUUUCUAUACAUUUUGCGCUUUAUGUAAAAUACAAAAAAAGAGGUAAUUGCUUGUCCUUUUCACACCUGUAUGUCUUGUUUGCACUGUAGCUUUUCCGACCAACUUUACACUCCAUAAGAGAUCUGUAGGGUCCUCUGGAACAAGUCCUCUCUGUAAUUCAACCAGCUUCACCUAGAGCAAAGAUAGUGAAGGAAUGCCAUGUAUGAGUUUCAAUCUGCAGUUAGUGUACGGUGCUCUCCCUGCUCAGCUGUCGCUCUGCAUGGCUCACAUCUGGAGGUGUACUCCAUCGGCUGCAGCUGAAAUACCGACCAUGUGGACUCGCAGUAGCAGUUCUCAUUGGUUGAGGGUUUCUCAAGUUGAACUAGUGCUUGAUUGCUUGAUUACUUGAUUACUCGAUUACUACGGAAGCCGAGAACGGCUGUGCUUGCAAUUUAGCUUUUUUUAAUGCCAUUAUCUCAAAAUCAUGAGUUAAAUAUUUCACCUGCAAAUAAUCAAAUGAACCAGACAUUCAUUUUCAAAUUCUCCGUAAUUAUUCCGUGAGCUCAAGAAAAACCAACGUUUUUAUUUUUCCUCGUGAUGAAUUAUCUUGUUACUUUGUCAAACUGUUUUGUUUUCUUGAAAAUGGACAGAGUAACCCAUUUUUACAGAGAUACAGCCUUGUUGUCUCGUUACAACGAAACAAUGACCUUGUGACCUUGAGAUAUCGUCAUAAUAAAAUAAUUGCGAGCAUGGCCGUUCUCUGCUUCUGCACAGUUACUGGGAUUCAGGAUCAUCAUACAGUAUCUCCGUGCAUUUUAAUUUGAAUGGCAUUGUAGAGUCAGACAUGUGCUGAGUCUGUUAUUGCAAAGUCAGUGUACAGCAAAGCACUUAGAGGAGGUAGAUGUAGUAACAUAGUGGGACACUGAGAGCCUCAGAGAGCAUCAUAGACAACAAUCCUCACUAUGGGCAACCUGUUGCCAAACAAGAGUCAGACUCGCAUCCUGAAGCCAACCCAGGUAAUUUCUCUUUAAGUCUUAGAAAUAUUCAAUGUUUUUUAAAUUUGUACAUGCAUUUCUAAAAGGUUAGCAGUCGGCAUGACAAAGGCUGGUACAGGGUAGCUUGUUACAGGAAGUGUACCAGCAGAGAGGGCUCUAAUCCUGGGGGGUGAGCUACGCCGUGGAAAGAGCCACUCCUGCUCAAUGUAAGGAUGAGGAAGAAUCAUCAAAUGAAAAGUGCGGAUCCUUUAAAAAAAGAGAAUAAUACGUCUUCAUGUGAGCUGUUAGAGGGCAACACGCACAUAAAGUCCAUAUGAAAUAUCCUGGUGAUCAGGCGUUUAGUUCUUAGAUAAUUACCCAUUUCAGUCAUUCCAUCUGCAUUACAUGGUCACUACAGUACAGUAGGCGUGUGUCCUUAUUACGGUGACUUUGACAGGCCGAAGGAUUUGCUCCUUGUUUAGUUUGCAAGGGAUAAGAGUUACGUGGUUGUUCUCAUAGUAACAGUUACAGUUAAACACCAAGGACUCAUAUUGCAGUUCUUUCUCCUUUUUCUCACUUUCCAUCAGAGACAUUUUCCCUCUGUACCUGGCUCAAUAAGCACUUGUAUUUACAGUAGUGUUACAAAACACAAGAAAAAGACAUUUCCCAUGUUGGAUUACUGAACAUGUGUUUGUGUUUACUUUGUUUCUAAACAGACUGUAAUGAGCACAGUAGUGAUGGCGAUCCCACUUUGUCUGUUCCUUCAUUCUGCCAGCUUUUCUGUUCUGUUUCAUUUUCACCUCCGAGUGCCUCUGACCUGUUUUCACACAUGUACCAUUCCUAUCAUUGUGUUUCCUUGCUUGUGGCUUUCCCAAAAUAAUGUACAGUGUUUGCUCGUGAAAUGCAGCUGACUGUUGGAGAAAGACUAAUUGGCGCCAUCUUGUGGCUUCAGAUGCCUGACAUCAAGCAGUAAAAAUCAGCGCUCCAAAGUGAUGACAGGAUGUGGCACUUUCAGAAGAGUGACAGGGUCAGGUGCAAGGGACAGAAUAUAAGAGGAGGAAGAUUCUCCUUUAAAUUUUGCAUUUUGAAAAUAAAGUAGAACUGUAAAGAAUAAAGUCGAACUUUAAGUACAUGCACUAACGCUAUUAGUUGGAUUUAUUCUCAAAAGUUCAACGUUUAUUCUUGACAUUUAUUUCUUAAGAAGCAAAAGUAAAUGAAAAUAAAAACCUGGCCCUAAUGCUCUUCUGUAGGCACUUGACCCCAGCUCUAAGCACGAUGGCUCACCUGAGUCUCUGAAAAUGAAGUCCAGCAGGUGAACUUAAGUGUGGCCAGCAUGUGAUCAGAGAGUUUUGACUACCUGUGCAGAGGAAAUGUCUCCACCUAAACCUGUAGGUUAUCCAGAAUCGCUCACAUCAUCCUACCAGGGGUUUAGUCCUUUAUUUGUCCUCAAACUGACGCAGAGAGAAGCUGAUGUAAGGUUGAAAAGACAAAAUGAGGGCAGAGAGGGUCUUUGAGUUCCCGUGUCCCACACUUUAGAGAUGGACCGGUAAAAUAGAUUGAAACGUUGAGACACUUUGAAGAGUCCUGAGGGUAAAAUGACGUAUGAUUGCUUAUUCUUUAACCAGCAUCUCAUGUAUAUUUUGAGCUAUUGGAUUUCCUAACCUCUGCUCCUUUGUCUUUGGAGUUAAUCAGAGUUAGUAUAUCAGACUUUGGCAGACCCUUUAAACUCCUAAUCCAGAGCUUUAACCCGUAUUGUAGUGCAGACUAUUUACUGAGGGGUAUUGCAACAUUGUCAGUAUUAUUACACGUUUAUGUUGUUACAUGUUUGGAUCUUUAUUUGGCCAUUGACUGGCUGAUUUUGGAGUGUACAGAUGGAAAUCAGAGGAAUGAAAUUAGUAGCUUGUUCAAUGCACUUUUGUGACAGGACAUUUCCUUUUGCAGCGACAUUUUGAGGGCUCAGAUCCCCCUAGAAAUGAGAUUGGUGCAAAAAGCAUGGUGUGAAAAAGAAGAAGAAGAAAAGAGGGGCAAGUGAGGUUGGGACUCCGGCUGGGCCGCUGGAAACACAUUAACUGUCAGUCUGUUGGAUAGCAGAGACGGGAUGUGUGGGGGGGACAGGCACAAAGAGGGGACACUAGGACGUAACGCGAGUGUACAGAGUUUUAAAUCCUCAAGUGUCUGCGUCACUCGCUUUGGUGUGUAAAAGGAGAAUGUUUUUCUGACACCACCACAUUUCUGUCAAAUCAUGCACUGGGCGUCGACCUGCAGGCCUAAAGAAGGCUGCACAAAGUGUGAAGUGUUGACUUUGAUAGAAAGUUGCUUGCAAUAUGGAACACACCUGUUACCCCACAAUUUGUGCUGCCUGAGAAAAGUUUCACCCAGUUUCUGAGCUUGUAUAAUUGUGAGGAGUCAGUAUUUUUAUGGUUGGAAAACAAAGUAUCCUCCACCGAAAGAUGUACAGUAGAGGAAAAAACAUUUUGUACACCAUUCUUGAUGUUUGAGAGUUAAACAAUAAAAAGAUUAAAACAUUGAGGAAUGUUCCAUUUUCCUGUAAAUUGUACCUCUAUUUAUUUGCCUUAUUUAGUUUGCUAUAUUUUGUAUGUACACACAGCAUUACGACAAAUUGUUAUAUUAAAAAUAUGAAUAAUUAAA